AGAGGAAGAAGAACAUGGUCGUUGGCCUCGCGACCAACAGCCGCGAUUUGAGGGACACAACUACAACGAACAGCUUCCUGCCGAACCAGGAGUAAACAUGCGGGACCCGAUGUACUUCGAGAACUACGUCAAGCCUCUGGACUUCGAGGCGACCAACAAAGGCCAGAAGGUGUUCGUUACCAACUACUUGCUCAACUUGCUCAGCGGCAUCGUAGUGCUGGCCACGUGCGCCAUCGUCACCAGCGUGGGUGUCGUCUCGUUCCGCGGCGCCAGUGGCCGUGACGUGGCGACUUCCGAGGCGUCCGCCGUCGCGCUGUUGCCGGACGCCGACGAGCAGCUCGACCAUUGGACGGCCGACGAGUGGCGAAGGCUCAUUCCCAGCCCUAGGCCCAUCCUGUGCUUCCUCAACCGCGAGGGAUUCCUCAGACCGCCUCCGGACACGCUGACCCUGCGCCACUUCCCGGGCCUAUACUGCAACGAGAUCGUGUACAACGGCCUGGCCUUCGAGAACGGCACCUUGCACCUGCUGGCCGACGCCACGGACGAAGCCAUUCUUCGUCAGCUUACCCGCGUCCGGGACGCCCUCUACCCUCACUGGAAGGUCGUCGCCAACGUAUUCGUUGAAGGCUACACGGCGAAGAAAAUGCCAGGCGAGAGCAGCGAGUUGCUCGACUCGCUCUUCACUUGGCUCGAGCACCGCCGCAUCGACGGCCUCAACUUCCAGUUUGACGACGACGCCUUCCUGGAAGACCUCGACGCCGCCGGCGAAGUCGUGUCCUUCUUCGCCUGGGCAAAGGCCGACCGCCGAUGGGGCAACCUCACCCUGUCCGCGAUGAUGCCGUACGGGGUGACGGUCCUCUUGCACGAAGAGCUGUCCCUCGUCCUGGACCGGAUCCUUUUGAAGACCCACGGCCUCCUGGACGAGUCCUCGGGGACGACGCAGCUGGCCGCCCCGCUGGACUACGCCGGCUUGACGCACCGUCGCUCCAACCAGCACACGGUCAUGGGUGUCCUGGAAGAACUGGAGGACAACCUCGGGAAUAAGACGUGCUUCACCAUCUCCCUCUCGGGAACGGCCUUCACGCUAAGGUCUCCGUCACAGCGUGACGUAGGCGAUCCCGUGAUUCCAGGACGGCCAAGGAAGGCCUCGUUCUCCGACGUGUGUGCCGACGCGCCCGGUCGCGUCAAGCGGAUCGAAGACGACUCCGCGUAUACGGCCGAGAACUACUCGUGGGUGGCGCACGAGGACCAGUUCACCGUCUUCGAGAAGACGGCCAAGGUGCUCAGGCACUGGCCACUGCUCUGCGUAGCGGCGGUCGACGUCGACCUCGACGACGUCCGGGGUCAGUGUGGACGCGCCUACCCACUGCUCAGGCGUAUCUACGAGACGUCAUACAUGCUCAAUUAUUCACCAGAGUAGCGGUGUUCGGCUGCCUCCCCUGUGCAAGCUUCUUUUUUUCUUUUGCACUGUUUCGAAGGUGACUUUUCUUUGCGUAGCAGAGAAAUAAAACGAAUUUGUUUUUGGUAGCUACGUACAACAAUAA